AUGACGACUUUCAACGCUCGAAGGUCAUAUUUUCGCAAAGACGAAUCAACGAUGACAAGUAAAGAGCAAGUGAGUUCAGCUGAAUAAUUAUCAUGAGAAAUUAUAAAAACCUUAUUUUCAGGACGCUCCAAAUGAAGUCCAAAACAGAAUUCAGGUAACUUCAGUAGUUCUUCGCAUUAUUCCACAAAAUCAAAUUACAGCCCCUUUUAAUUCCAUCAAUUUCGCAGAAAUGUAUUCAAUAUCAACUUCAAACUCUACCUUCAAGACUUCAAAGCGAUCAACAACGAGUCAGAAAUGAAGCUCUCAUAAGUUUUUUGUGCUCCAAUGGUUUAUCAUUAGAUUGUGUGGAAGAAGAGGCAUUUAUCGAAUUUUUCAAAAUUUUUGGUCAUCGAGUUCCCAAAAAACUCGAACUUCACAAUACAAUGAUUCUACAGCCAAAGAUAAAUGUUGUGAGUUUUUGUUAUAUAAGAAUCUCUGAAAUUAGAAUCAUUCAGGAAUUCUGGAAAAAAUCAAGCGAUCCUGUUGCGAUUUCCUACGAUGUGAAAAUGAUUGAGGAUGAUGCGUUUUUGGUAUAUUCUAUCACUGGAUAUGAUGAAGAUGUUCGAACAACACAAGUUUUCAUGAAAAAAUUAUAUCGUUGCGAGUAAGAAAACUAUUUUUUCGUAAGAAAAUAUUUAAAAAAAAAAAGCAAUUUUUGUAGGGCGAUGGAUACGAAUAUUCAUAAUCUGAUUAUAAGAGCCAACAAAAUCGAUGUAAAUAAAUAUAAUUAUCUGGUGACACCUGUACAGAGAUUAUCACCAUUCAGAAGGUAAUUAGACUCCUUAUACCUCCAUCUCCAAAUUAUAAUUUUAUUUUACAGCUUUAUUUGCUUUCACAGUUAUCUCUCACAGUUUGCCAAUACAAUCCUCUCAAUUCCGAUUUUUCAAGAACGUCUAAAAAUUCUCAAAAACUUUGUCAAAAUUCUGAAAACCAACGCAACGAUGAAUGUAAAAUUCAAUCGAUUGACAGAGCGAAAAAAAGAGGAUUUGCCAGUUUGGAAAAGUGAAAAUUGGCUGGAUGUUUGGCAAUUUUUGAAGGAAUCUAUAAGACUGCAUUAUAUUUUUAGGGGUUUUUCGAGAGAUGAUAUUUAUUUGUCAAUGGAUAUGCAUCGAAAAAUUGUGUUGUUUUUUGAGAUUUUAUCGACGUUGAGGAAAUGCGCGGAAGAACUUUCGAGUGAGAAAAGUUGUGUUUCGAGAAUUGUGCCGGUUGUUGUUUCACUUGAAAAAUAUGUUGACACGUAAGUUGUGACGUGGCAAAAAUUCUAACCUAACAAAGGAACUGUUUCAAAAUUUUUAAAAUUGCAGAACUCAACUCUUAAAAUGAGUUAUGACGUGGCGAAAUUCGGGACUUUAGGAUCUGAAAACUAGCUUUAAAAUUUUUUUUCUUUUUCAUGCAAAUCUGAUAGCAUAGGGUUUGUUCAGGAGGCUCGAUAACAUAAGUUCAGAGAUUUUUCAGAAAAUUUUGAAAUCUGGGUGACAUCACGUCUACUUAUGUUAUCAAAUAUCCUGAACAACCCUAUGCUAUCAGAUUUGCAUGAAAAUCUAUUUGAAUCUAGUUUUCAGCUCCAAAAAUCACGAUUUUUCAGUUUUAGACAAUGGGAUCGUGAUCAGCGGGUCCAAGUUGCAGAACUAUUUCCAAUAGAAAAAAACUGAAAUUCUCCCCUUACAAUUAGGCUUCCAAAUCACAUUUAAAAUUCAAAUUUCAGAUUAUCUGAAACAUUACCCGAUUUAAUGAUGGCCAAAAUCUACCGAAGUUUUCGCCAAAACUUAUCUCACAUUAUUACUCGAGAAUCCAACAAAAAUCAUUAUCAUUUUGCAUGUUUGCUGGAUAUUCGAUACGGUUAUUCGACGCAAAUUUUCGAAACGACAAAAUGGACAAUUAUUGAGCGGGAAUUUGUUCAAUAUUUGAUGCUAAGUCAAGUUGAUGUUGAAAAAUGGAAGGAGGAGAGAAUUCAAGUUCAGGUAACUUUUUAUCAAAGGAAAAAACUUUUCCAAACAAUUUUUGUUGCAGAAUGAGCUGCAGAUUUAUCGCCUGGCCGCUGCUUCUUUCCAAAAAAAUGAGCGAUUUUCGCACGUGGAUAUAUCAUUUUGGUGGAAAGAGCAUCAAAACAUAUUUCCAAAACUCUUCAUCAAAUCCAAAAUUUUUCUGGUAGCCCCAGCUGUUUCGAUCGAUUCCCAAUAUUAUUUUGCAAAAUAUUCAAGAAUGUUGGAGACUAAUAUCAAAAGUUCGCGGGAAUUACAAGAUUCGUUAGGAAUUGCGGCGAAGAAUGAGGAAUUUCACGGGCGCGGCGAGAAUUUGAAUGAAGAUUUUGAAGAGGAGGAUGAUCCCCUGAGAAGAUUGAUUGAAUAUAAUCAAACAUUAUCUGAAAGACCAGCGAGGGAAGAAAUUCGAAUCGAAGAUUUUUUGAUGGAAGAACCACCCGAAAAAGUUAUCAAAAUCGAGGAGGAAGAAGAAGAAAAGGUUCCAAUUUGA